AUGCCCAAUAAAUACCAGCUCGCUUUUCUCGUCUCUUUCUUCUCUGUCUUUUUCUCCCUCCUCUUUCUCUCCAACUAUCUCGGUGCUCGUCUCCGGGACGCUGGCUACGACGUCCGCAACCUCAUUCUCAUCGGUCUCCCCACCGACAACCCACCGCCGCCUUCUCUCGCUCUAGUCGCUCACAUGGCCGCAGAGCAGGCUUCCGCCUUUUUCGCAGACAUCGCCUCUGCCAACUUCCAUGCUGUCCGCGUUCCCUACGCCGGCACCUACGAUCUUGUCGCCAUUGCCUCCUCUCCCACAUUUCUCAUCACAGGCGCCGUCAUUCUCGCCACCGCGUUCAUUGCAAAGGUCCUUCAUACAGGCCGCACAAAGCCUCUCGACGCAAAUGUCUGGAAAGAGUUCUCCCUAGAAAAGAAAAUUAGAGUCUCCCCAAACACCGCCAUUUACCGCUUCAAGCUCCCCCAUCCCCAGGACGUUCUCGGCCUCCCCAUUGGUCAGCACAUCUCCAUUUCCGCCGAGAUCAACGGCAAGAACAUCGUCAGGAGCUACACUCCCGUCAGCAACGACGAUGACCGCGGCCACUUUGACCUCAUUAUCAAGACCUAUGAAAAGGGAAAUAUCUCCAAGCACGUCUCUCUCCUCAAGAUCGGCGACAAUAUCCGCGUCAAGGGCCCCAAGGGCAACUUUGUCUAUACCCCCAACAUGGUCGGCCAUCUCAGCAUGAUUGCAGGAGGCACCGGAAUCGCCCCCAUGAUUCAGGUCAUCCGCGCCGCUCUCAAAAAUCCAUUUGACCGCACCACUAUCACCCUCAUCUACGCCAACGUCAACGAAGAAGACAUCCUCCUCAAGGAUGACCUCGAGGCUCUCCAGGAUGUCCACGAGCAAAAGUUCAAGAUUUUCUACGUCCUCAACAACCCUCCCCCAGGCUGGAAGGGCGGCGCUGGCUUUGUCACCAAAGAGCAUAUCAAGGAGCAUCUCCCCAACCCUGCUACUUCUGAUAGCAAGCUCCUCAUUUGCGGCCCUCCCCCUAUGGUCGGUGCUAUGAAGUGA